AUUAUGUGAUGUGACUCACUCAAUUAGUUGAGAAAAUGAGUCGUCAACCAGCUCCUAAAACAAGUCGCCAGGUUAAACCACAGCCAAACAAAGAACAAGAGUUGUACGAGCACGUCGAGAUGCAGGAACAACAAUCUCAUUACAUGACAAUCAAUCGUCCUAACCGUGUUGAAGUUGAGAACAACUCCCAACUAGCCGGUCAAAUCUCCACUAAAGUCAAGAGGUGGAAAUGUGUUGUGAUUGCAUUGAUGACUGUAUUUCUGGUCAUUGCUCUAGUUGUGUCUCUGGUGGCUGUCAUCAUGUACAGUCCUCUGGUCAGUGGUGGAGACAACACUGAAUCAAGUGCAAGCACUGCCGGAUAUAAUCUGUUGUUAUCGAGGAUUCAACAGUUGGAGGAAACAAACACUGCUAAAGAAUCCCAGAUAGCCAGCAUGCAGAACUUAAUACAGACCUCAACUUUGGUACAGAACAACAUUCGUCAAGAUUUGGACCGUCUCCGCACAAUCAAUCUCUAUGAGGGUUGCAUCCAGGAGACCAGCACUUGUUCGUUGUCACAAUCAUCAACCACUACUUAUGCCACUUGUACCACUAAUCAGGGUGUGACCAUCAAUCGUGGAGACACACAAUACUUCAUAUCCAGCAUAUUGUGUGAUCUUCCCUUUACCGGCCACUUUGUGUCCACCACACACUACAAAGGUGGAAACAUCAUUUACUGUGCCUGUCAAGUUACCUAUCCCAGUAGUGAUGGUCACAGAACAUUCACGCCAAGUAAUGGCAUCUGUACACUGACUGUCACCAAGUGUCCUUAUACUCUAAACCUCCUGAGCUGAUGAACUAACUUUUUAUUUUGUUAGAACUAAACGGAAACCUUGUGUGUAGUUUCAGGAGUUCAUGCAUUCCUGGUAAUUCAUAUAGAAUGAGUAGCUCUACAUGGGUAUGUUAUCCUCUAUAAUUAUAAUUAAUUUUGCGUGCAUAAUUAUCAUACUGCCUGUUCAGUCAUUACACAUGCAUGUUUAUGUUGCAGAACCA